AUGUCGCUCACACGAGUGGCGUCCGUCGAUGGCUUCGAGCGUGAGAGAAGAGGCUCCAAUGUCUCUUCGCACCGAAGGAUGAGUUUCAACCCUGUCAGUGAUUGGAUGCCGCCCAAAGACAGGAAACCCAGCGUGGUUACGAUUGCUUUGCAGUUCGAAGAAGUCUCGAAACGAAAACGUAUAGUCCAGGUUGUUGUUGCUAUAAUAUACUGUCUCUUCGCCGCCGGAAUAGUCUUUGGCUACGCAGCCAUCAAGCCAGUCUUGAUCGACGAAGGCGUCUUCAAGGACUUGUGCACUCCAGAAGAGGUGGAGAACCACGUUUCGCCAUGUUACAAGCAGGAGAUUCGGUUGAACUUGAUGUUCACCGUGGCAGCGGUCUCGACCAACGUCGCAGCCCUCCCCAUCGGCACCAUCCUUGACAAGUACGGUCCCAAAGCCUGCGGCCUCAUAGGCAGCGUGUUUCUCACCACCGGUGCACUGCUUUUUUCCUUCGCCUCCGAAGUGCAGGGCGACCUCUUUACACCGGGCUACUUCUUUCUCGCCCUGGGCGGCCCUUUCGUCUUCAUCUCUUCCUUUCAACUCUCAAACACCUUCCCCCAAAACUCGGGUCUCAUCCUGGCACUCCUGACGGGUGCGUUCGACUCCUCUUCGGCUCUCUUCCUCAUCUUCCGCCUCAUCUACGAAGCGACUGGGGGCAAAUUGAACACACAUCGUCUCUUCCUCCUCUACCUCGUCGUUCCAAUCUUCAUCUUUAUCGUGCAGAUCUUCAUCAUGCCAAAGGAGUCUUACAAGACUGUGAGUGAAGUGGUCAAGGACGCCGAAGAGGAAAUCAACGCCCCGACACCGCCUGAAGCGUCUGAAGAAGAACGCCGCACUCUUCAAGAGCGAAGAGAAAGUACCAUCCAGGAGAUAUCCUUGCUCUUGGACAAGUCGACCAACACAAAGCGCCAGAAGCGAGAAGAGAACAAGAAUGCGAAAUCCGGCGUAUGGGGUGCCAUGCAUGGCUAUUCGGCACUUCAACAGAUCAAAUCACCCUGGUUCUGGCUCAUUACGGCUUUUACCGUCGUGCAAAUGACCCGCAUCAAUUACUUUGUGGCCACGAUCCGGCCGCAAGAACGCUAUCUUCUAGGUUCUCCCGAGAGAGCGAAAAUGGUGAACGACUUUUUCGACGUGGCACUUCCCCUGGGAGGUGUGUUGAGUAUCCCUUUUAUUGGCAUAUUGUUGGACAACACCUCGACGCCCUUCGCCUUGGGCUUCCUUGUGGUUGUGGCCACCAUCAUUGGCAUAUUGGGUUGUCUUCCUUACAUGUGGGCCGCCAUCGCCAACGUCUGCCUCUUUGUGGUAUAUCGGCCCUUUUACUAUACCACCGUCUCGGACUAUGCCGCGAAAGUCUUCGGGUUUCAGACGUUUGGCAAAGUCUACGGCCUCAUCAUUUGCCUUGCGGGACUUUUCAACUUCUUGCAGAGUCCUCUGGACGCAGUCACACACAUGGUAUUCAACAAUAACCCCAUCCCUGUGAAUGUGAUCCUCAUGAGCGUGGCGGUUAUUGUGGGUGGUGCGCUGGUGACGUUCACGGCGAUCAGAGCGAGGACAAUGAAGAGAGAAUUCUUGGAGGAUGAGGCGGAAGAGGCAACAGAAUCGCUGAUACCCAAUGCCGUGGCUAACGGGAACGGCUACGGGACAUAA